AGAAUCAUUUUGAGAAAUUCAAAAGUUUGUGUCGUAUUCACAUGGAAUACUUCAUUGCUUCUGAAGAGCUGAUCAAGCACUGGGCCCAGGCCUGUCCGAAUCUUUCGUUCAUUAAAUUUUGGGUUACCAGAAUUGUAUUACCAAGUAUGUAUAUAUAUAUAAUAUAUUAACAUUUAUUUUGGUUUAACGUGUGUGUUAAAGAGAACUGGCGUUUAAAAUGUUGUCAUCAAUCUGGACAAGCCACUGUUUAUUUGAGUGUUAAGGAUGUCAAUGCAAGACUUAUCCUGGUGUUUCUUUCUUAUGUCAUUAAAUUAGUCAGCGGUUUCCAUGUUAGUGUAUAUCUUAAUGAUGCCAGUGCAAUACUGCCCCUUGUGUUUCUUUCUUUUGUCAUUAAAUAUGUCAGCGGUUUCCAUGAUAAUGUAAAUCUUAAAACUUUUCGACCUACGUUGGCCAUCAACAAUCUUUCUAUUUCGUCUGCAAAAAUGCAAACAGCUUGUUUUAUGAAUCACAUAACAACGGCCUGUUGUUAAAGGCUGCAAUAACAAAGCCCUGUUGUUGUAUAGUUCUAAUAAAAUUGCCCUGUAGUUGAUGGUUGUUAUAACGAUAUCAUGUUGUUUACGAUUGAUAUGACAACGCGAAUCUGGUGUAUGAUUAUUCUUACAACUACCUGUGGUUGAUGGCUAAAUAUAUUGGCUAAAACAACGCCAUUUCUUUAUGGUUCCUAUAACAACGCCAUGUUGUUUAUGGUUGCUGUAACAACGCCAUGUGUUUAUACAAAUGAAGAUAUUUUUUUAGAGAUUUCGUGUCCUGUUUUCACAAACUUUCACUUGCACACAAAAGAAGGAAAUUUUAACUCAACUUACACAACUCUAACUCCGUCCUAUUACUCCAUCAGGCAGCGUUGUAAGUUGUAAGGCUUGGCAGGCGUUAGCCAACACACAUCCCAAUUUGUUGGUUGAAAUCCAUGCCCAAUUGAUUGAAAGCACGAGGCAGAUGUUGCCAAUUUUAGUUACUGCUAUGCCCGUGCACACAUUAAAAUGGGACGCAUGGAAUGAAGGCACACUGGAAAUUGAUGUAAGAUUAAUGUAUUAAAUGUUAGCUGUUUGGUCUAGUAGGCAUUUAUCCAAAUUAAUCACAACAGUAACAAUACAAAAAUUAUUUUAGAAAUUACUUCCAAUUAAUCACAAAUUAUUACUUUUUUGUUAUAAUGUAUUAAAAGGCGGGCGUGUAAAUUUUACUAUUUUGGCUAUUCGAGUGAGAAUAGAUUAGGAGUCUAGUGAUAUUGUAACUAACAUACACAUGACGUGUAACAGUCAACGACUAGCUAAUAUAACUGACACCGAUAAGUCUGUUAUUAUUAAGCUAAAUAGUUUUUACAUUUUUUAAUGUCAUUUUUGUAUCUUCAGCAGUUGUUAAAUAUCUUCCUCCAGUCAGGAAUCAAAGUACUAACAUAGUAUAGAAUCCAAAUUUGUAUCGCUGAUCAAAAACUUAUUUCUGGAUUCAAUAAUGUUUGAGCAAGAGUAAUUUUGUUCUCUGGUUCAGCUCCGUCUUAUUAAACAAUCAUUUUAAUGAAUCAUCUGGCCAUUUUAUCUCACAUUUUUAUCUGGCCACUUAUCUUGCAAAUUGUCUGGCCAUUUCAUGUUACCAUUCUUCUUCUAUAUAUUAAGGGCCCAUGAUCAAUUUAUUGAUCAUUUUGGCUCCUAUGCUUGUCCAAGGGAUUUGAAAUGUUUUUAUGCUUGAUGUUGAUGAGGAUAUUUUCGUGGUUGCAAGGGCUACUUUGUGAGAAAAUCAUACAUUGGUGUUUGGAAGGCAUGAGGCUAUAGACGAAAAUGGGUCAAGUUAUGUCACCUUAACUGUUCCUUUUGAAAGAUUGUUCCCGUCCCUGAUUGUCUUUUGCAGUAAUGAGCAGAUCCUAUACUGGCUUCUCGCUGGCAUAAGCCUGAAUUGCCUAUCAUUCCCUCGUUGCUGUAUAUUGUGGAGAGGGACGAGUUUCUGUUAAAUGUUGGAACAGUGGACCAGCCCAUUAUUUAUCUUUUACAUUAUGGAGAGCCAGGAUAGUCGUUGUCAUUCCUCCAAUGGUGACCAGCCUAGUGUUUCUAGCAUGCUGCCAACACUUGAGGUAUUCCUGUAGUGGUUCGGGACGAGGGGUGCUGCUCUUCGCUGGACCUACUCCAACCUGCCAAUGCUUUUCUGGGUAAGUGGGCCCCAGAAGAAAAAUGCAUAAUCUAAAACCGGACGGACAAAGGCCUUAUAGGCACUUUCUUUCACACAUGAGUUGCCAAUCUUUUGAUUACGCCUCAAGAACCCCAGGAUCGUGUUUGCCUGGUUUCACACAUUGUUAAUAUGCUCGUUCCAGCGGACUUCUCUUUGAAUGGUAACACUCAGGUACUUUUCAGAGGAAACUGGCUUAAGUAUAUGGCCAUGCCCUUUGUAUUUGUAGUGUAGAGGAGUACAACUUCUACAGACUGACAGUUUCUGGCACUUGGCAUGAUCACAUUCCAUAUCCCAGCUCAUCUAUCAGCAAGCUAACCGAUUGAGAUCCUGUUGUAGCUGGUCCCGGUCAGAUCUGUUGGCAAAUGUCCUAUGCAACGAUGUGUCAUCUGCGAACAGUCUUGCCUGUGAUGACAAUUUCUCUGGUAGGUCAUUAAUGUAUGCUAGGAAAAAAAAGAGCUUAGCACGUAUCCCUGAGGGACCCCUGACUUCACACCGAUAAAGGAGGAGUGUGUACUGUCCACAACUACUGCUGACAUCAUUUGUGAGGAUGCUCGAGAUCCAUGUUUUAGUAGUGCCUUGCAUCCUAUAUCUCGGGAGUUUGUGUAGAAGGAAACUAUGAUUGACAGGGUAAAAUGCCUUUGAGAAGUCCAUCACAAGCACGUCAGUUUACUUGCUCUUCUCCAGAUUGGUCAUCAAGUCUCCUACAAUAUCAAGGAGCUGAAUCUAACAUGAUCUAUUUACUCGGAAGCCAUGUUUUUUGUUAUUGAGUACAUUUUACCUUUCAAGAUGCUUCAUGACUGUGCUUACGAUUAUGUACGCCAACAGUUUGCAGACCACGAUUAGGGAUAUCGGACGAUAGUUCGCAGUGUCGGAAUGCUCCCCAUUCUUGUAUAAUGGAGUGACAUGCGCUGUUCUCCAGACUGUUUGAAGAUUGCCUGUGCACAGCGAUGAUUGGAAGAGAAUUGUCAGUGCAGGAGCGAUUUAUGUGGCUAAUUUUCUUAGCAUUCGUGGUUUUAUCUUGUCAGGACCACAUGUUUAAUAGGGGUAAUUGUGUUGGAAAAGGGCAAGCAACCCCUGCUCUGAUAUACGGAUAUCUUCAUUGACGGCGGAGGCUCUGUUCUUGGUUUUUAGAAGGAACUAAGCCUCCCAGAACUCUAUACCGUCAGCAAAGACAAACUGGAGCUGCUGAUUCAGUAUGUCAGCCUGAGCCUUUAGUUCAGAUAUCAAAUAACAAUCCCAUCUCAGGGGGAAAAACUCUAGCAUUUGAAGACUCUUGGUGCUUCACAUAAAUCCAGAAGCGCUUGUUCAUAACACCUUUGGUCGAGGUGUCUUCCUCUAAGAAGUUGCCGUCCAGGUAGUUCCAAUAUGAUCUAUGGAAUAAGCGUUGGAUAGCCAUUUUGUCUUGAAAUUGUAUCUGGUCAUUUUAUCUGGUAACACUAACUGAUCACACUAUCUGGCCAUUUUAUCUGGCCAUUUUAUGUGGCCAUUGCAUAUUGCCAUUCUAUCUGGCCAUUGUAUCUGGCCACAUUAUGGGUGUCUUGAAAGGUUGAAAAGUUCACAACUUAAAAAAUAAGAUUUCCUUUAUUUUUGUUUCAGAAUUAUUCUCAAAAUCAUCUGUUUAGCGAUUUAAUUCGACCUUAAUUCAAUUAGUUCCAAAUUGACCAUGCUCAUUCUCGAAAGUCUGAGGUUAUAUAUGUUAAAAAUGAUCACACACUUUACAAAUAUUAAAUACACAUCAUUGCAUCUUAAAUCAGGGUAAAAAAAGACAUAUUUGAAUAACCACACCACGUUUACAUGUUCUUAAAAUUCGAGAAACAGCACAAUGAUGUUUUUUUUAUCAGUGAUGCACGCUGGUUUUAAUGGAUGAAAUAUAAUAAUCUAAUUUUUUUAUAUAUAUACACACAAAUAAAUUAUGUUAAAACAAACUAAAUGUAUUUCUUGUGUUUUCGUCAGCUGAAGUGUCUACUUCAUCGUGUGGCCUGCUAUCAUAGAACUAUAAAGAUUCUUUUCGUGGAUGUUGCAGGAGAAUUUCCCAAUCUUGAUAAUUUUUCAGUGCAAAAAAUAUUGGCUAAUUGCAAAAAAUUGUAAGUACACUUCUUUGUGAAUGUGGCACAAAAAACGUUUAAAAUGUAAUUAUUUUGUAUUAAAAUAAUUAGAAGCACACGAUUAUUUUGAAUAAAAAAAACUAAGCUUUCUGGGUGGGGGUUAUCUUUAAUACUAAUUUGGCGGAAGAGUCUAAGUGUAUCGGACCCGUACAAAAGUGUUGUGUGGGGGAGAUGGGUUAUACUCAUUUUUUUGCAUUGCUCUGCUCGCUAGUGCUGGUAACCCAUGUACAAAUCUACGCCAACUGAUUCCUCGUUGUGACGAAAUGGAGUUGCACUUACAAUUUCUAUGUACACACGAUGACCUACCUAGAGCACACCCAAACUUUUUUGUGAGUUCAGGACGAGUUAUUUCCUGUAACAGACCAAGUUGACCCAAAUUUUUCAAACGUCCCUAAUACUUUUUUUUUUUUGAAAUGAUGGCGUAGAAAUUUUUAUCAUAAUGAUGUGAAUCACGAGAUAAGAAGGGAACUAGAUUUUAAUGCAGUAACAUGAGACAAGUCAACUAAGAUUGCCUUAAAGCGGGCUUUUCUAAAACUUAUUGAUUUGAAUGAAUAUUUCUAUUUUAUUACUGUACUUGAAUAUUUAUAUUAGCAUUUAUAAAAUUUGGUUAAAAAUUGUAUCUAUGGUCAUUCUGAUAAAAGUGAAUUUAUUUAAAUCAUUGUUUAAUUUAUUGUUUCUCAAUGUUCGACACGUGCACCCAACACAGUAUUCGUGUCGGCCGAUUUGGGAUUUAAAUAUUUAGACUUCAUCCCAUGGUACAGAUUGUGAUCUGGCCAAUGGAUAGAUGUUAGCCAUUAUGUUCUCCUUUAUAGUUGAAUAGAUGUAUUAUAUUAAUCCACUCUGGAGGUUAUUAGUUCGUUGUAAUAAAAUGUGUUCAAAAGAAUCGUUCGCCACGUGUCGACUCUAGCCACCUAUGCUUUCGCGGCUAUAGUAAAGCCGAUUAAGGUUAUCCCCAAUGGAUAUUAACAUUGUACAGCUUCUAUAUUCUUUGACGCCUUGCUCUGAAUUCGUUGUCGUUGUAAAGGGAUGUGUUAGCUCGGGAAUAUUGGAAUAGUUCCCUUCUUUUAUUGUGUCUUCACAUGUAGCCUGGUUGCUAGAUCAUGCAUUGCUGCAGUACAGUCAACAAAGCCUUGUCGGCUGAAUUGAUGAAUAUGUUUCCAGAGGCCUGAGUCCAAUAACCCGCCCAAGAACCCAUCCGUAUGCUGAAGGACUUUACUCCCCCGAGAAAUAUCACAUACACUCACCAAUGCGUACUGGGGAAAAGGUACCCCAGAAGAUACAUUUAUGACUGGUAUUAUACAUGCCCUGAGAAGUGCUCAGAACUAAAUAUCCACGAGGUACAUAGGAUAAAGAGUUCCCUUCAACGUUGAAUGUAACUCUGUAUAGUAUUGCCGUAUCAUCUAAUUGCGAUAACGCCUUGGGAAGCGCUAAGACCUGAAAAGUCAUGAAGGAUAGGACCCAAUAAUCCAUUUCUAAUUUGAAGUAUCUCAUUAUUGAAUGAUCUAACCAUUUCAUCAAAGCUGAUUUAUAACCAAACCCUAUCUACUUGCUUGAACGCCCUGUGAAGCCCCGUAGUGAAGAAUCGGAAGAGCCACCUCCAUCAAAAAUGUGAAAGUACUUCUGAUGGAUCAUGCUAGAUAAUCAAAAUAAUUGACUAAUUAGUUAAUUUGAAAGGUCUGAUGGCAUACAAUUGAAAUACUAAGCAAGCCGCCUAUUAUGAUGAGAGGUUGGCUAUACGGGAGGUUAUUGUUCAUAAUAAAAUAGAACUUAGAUAAAUUGAUAUGAAAAAUGUUUUGCAUAUCCUUCACUACCUUGUAAUAUUUCAAUACACCCGUAAGUGAAUAGUUUCCUUUUAUUUAAUGAAUGUUGUUAUGAAGAGUGUGGUAGUUAAGGCAUAAAUAAGCAAAGUAAUUAUGUCUGUAAGUGCGUGAAAUCGAUAUAACAAAAUGCCCUUUGACACAAGCAGUUGUGACACCCAUAAGUGAGUUGAUCUAACACCCCCUACUAUAUAAUAGUCAUUUCACCACAACCUACACAAUUUCUAAUAUAUAUAUAUAUUUUUCAAAUUCUUGAUCAUAAUACUUUUAUUAAUACAAAAAUAAUAAUAUGGUAUUUCUGUAAACACUUUCAGGUUUAAAAAAAAAAACAACUAGAACUCUGCGGGUAUCUUAUAUUUUGCUUUUUGAUUUCGAGUUGAAUGAUGCAAAACUAAAUUUAUGUAUGUUCGAAAAUGCAUCAUCGAAAGAUGAAUAUUUUAAAAUUUGUCUGUGGUAGUUAUCAAAUACAACUCACUGGGCGUCUAAUCCCCAUUUUCUCGGGCGCCCCUCAGCCCAAAUCAUGACUUGAUCAAACUGAUGUAUAUGCAAAUUUUAACUACAAAAAAAAACAAAAACAAAAACACAAAAUCAUAUUGGUUAUAAUUAAUGUAUUAAAAAAUAAUGUAUUGAGCUAAGACAAACAUUAUCUUGCUGAUUUGUAUCGCUAUGGUCUUAAUCGGUGCUAAAUUUUGCUUAUUGAAAAAACAAUGCAGAACAUAACAAUGGAACUGAGAUAAAUAGUAUUCAAAUAAAACAAGACCAAGUAAGUGAAACCAACACUACUGAAUUUAACUGCGCUUUUAAAUUUCUGUCAAAAGUAUAAAUUCAAAUAUACAGAAACCAAUAAACGCACACAAAAAAGCCAUGUCAACUUAAUGUAUAACACAGCAAGCUGAAAGGUACUCUCCUCAAAAUAUACAACGUCUCGAAUAUGUAAGGAACUACAUUUAAAAAAUCCCUAUGGCUCUCUAUCUCUCGCUAUCUCUCUCUCUCUCUCUCUCUCUCUCUCUCUCUCUCUAUCUAUCUAUCUAUCUAUCUAUCUAUCUAUCUAUCUAUCUAUCUAUCUAUCUAAGAUAGAUAGAUAGAUAGAUAGAUAGAUAGAUAGAUAGAUAGAUAGAUACUAUCUAUCUAUCUAUCUAUCUAUCUAUCUAUCUAUCUAUCUAUCUAUCUAUCUAUCUAUCUAUCAUUCUCUCUCUCUCUCUCUCUCUCUCUCUCUCUCUCUCUCUGCACUAUCCGUCUUGCUGCUAAGAAAUCAGGUGGUCUUUGUAUAGACGUAAAUUAGUACGAUCUAGUAAAGACAUUAUAGAUGUUGCGUCCUCUGAUGACAUUAUUUAGGACACAUAAACUCAAUUAAACGUAAUUAAACUGUUUCCCAAUCAAGCGAGGUUUGGGUAAAUACUGACAUAGCCCAAUUACUCGGGUACGCCCAUAUCAUUGCCUCACUAGUGGGAGACUGAUGUAGGCUAAAUAAAGGUCUAACUUAAGGUGAAAAAGAAAAGGUCUUUACUAUAAACUUUUUUAUGGUUUUAGUGUGCCGAUUACAAAGGAAACAAUUACUUGGGAUAAAAAGCAAUCGAAAUGGCUGCUAUUAUCUCUAUAAUGCACUGCCAAACCGAACGUCUGAAAUGCUCCGACCCACAAACUUAAAGAACUAAUGAUCUGAAAAGAAAAUUUCAUUAGCCAAAUAAGCCCCCUCUCAGUCUCCUCCACUUAUGCUCGGGAGCCUUCGGCGCCUAAAAUGUAUCACUCAUAUCACCCCGAAAUAAAGUCAGAGAAUAACCAAAUUAAAAAGUAGAUUUUUCAAGCUCUUACAGAAUAAAGAUUCCAGUACCAAAAUAUUCUAAGGUCAAAAGCUUACCCCUUAUAACUGGAUACAUUUCAGUUUAUUUAGAAUGUGGGUGCUGUAGUCAAAUAUGUUGUUUUUUUUUAGCCAUAAUGUCAAUUUUGACGUCGAUGGAUGUUCUGCCCUCCCGAACUUCUGAAAUGCCCCAAGAAACUUAUCCUAUAACCCAUAUUCUUUUUAUUUUUAACUUUCAGACUGCCAUUCUUUUGUUAUAAAACGGAAAAUGAUAUACGGAAAGCCUCUUGGAAACUCGCUCAAAAAUAGAGUGGUUCUCUUAAGUCAACUGUUUUAAAUUGAGGUCUUUUAAAAAAAGACAAAUAACAAUUACAACGUUGGUCAUUGAUCCAUUUAGAUUAAAACUUAAAUUAGUUAAGACAUGGCUAACCUGACAAGUAUCAUUUAAUAUACAUCCAAGAUCAUUUGUGUGUUCGGUUUACAUAGUGG